AUGGGCUUCCUCGCUACCUCACCGAAUGCCAGUUGGAGGCACAAUUGCGAGGAAAUCGGAAAUCCAUCUUGCAAGUCUGCUAGAGACAAUUCUAGACCAAGAGCAGUUGCAAUAUAUUUGGUUAAAUGUUCACAGCAAAUUGAACAUAUCGUGGAAUUAGUAGGUGAACAUCGUGACAAAGCGGAGAAGACAGUGGAAGCUAUCAUGAAAGAGAUGGAAGCAAUUGGCAUGGAAUUGGAUGUAGAAAUACGUGUGCCCCGAUUAACAACAAAACAGUCAUUCCGUAUCAACCCACCAGUGUCAACACCUGAACAGUACUUCAAAAUAUCUGUUUUAAUACCCUACUUAGAUUCUUUCUGUAAUUCUUUGAAGGAGGGAGCGUUUCAGCGGGAAGCAAGGACCGGCCUUCGAACUACAGAAUCUUGCAAUUUUCUGGAGCAGCAAUAG